CCCAUAGCACACGGCGUUUUUUAAACGCGCUGACGACGCGCAGAGAACGCGCGUAUACACGAUUCAAACGAGAUUGGAUCGCAACCUUGUAACUUAAGCACACGGGGCGAUUAUAAAACCUGCCUCUUCUGCGCGUAUACGCGCAGGUACAGCGGUAAGACGCGCUGUAGUCGCUCGUACCUUUUGCGUUUUGAUCAGAGACUCCUCUUCUUCAGUUGUACAAUGGCGUCGGUUGAGACAACACUGCUUACUUUGGCUUUAGUACUUCUUUUAAAAAGUAAAAAACGUAAAAAAAAGCGAAUUUAUUGGAUAGAUCCAUUUACGAGUGAAAAAAGAUUGAGUGGUCAUUAUCAUACAACUUUUAAAAAAUUGGUAAUACAUAGAAGAUGGAAGAAAUUUUAUAAUUGUUAUCGAAUGUCAUAUUCGUCAUUCCAAGAACUUCUUUUGAUUCUAAAACCUGAGUUAACUCGUCAAAAUACAGCAAUGAGAUCAUGUAUAUCGGCAGAAGAACGUUUGCUCAUCACAUUGAGGUAUUUAGCUACGGGUUGCUAUUUCUCAGAUAUUCACUAUGACUUUAAGUGUGGACAAACGACGGCAGGCAUCAUAGUCCGUGAAACAGUGAAAAUAAUAUGGGAUAAAUUAAAAAACAUCUGUAUGCCAGAACCAACCGAGGAAUCACAUCUAAAAACUGCUGAAGGAUUUAUGAAAUACGCAAAUUUUCCCAAUCUACUUGGGGCUAUCGAUGGGAAACAUAUCAGAGUUAUAAAACCUCAACAUAGUGGAUCAGAGUAUUUUAAUUAUAAAAAAUAUUUUUCCAUCGUAUUGCUUGCAAUAUGUGACGCAAAUUACAGAUUUAUCGAUAUAGAUGUCGGAUGCUAUGGAAAGGCUGCAGACUCAACAAUAAAUGAAUGUAGUGAAUGGACCAAAAAGAUAAGGCAAGGAAAUUAUAAUAUACCAAAUGCGAGACCAAUAUCUAAUAAUGGAGUGCCAAUACCAUUUACGUUUGUUGGAGAUGAAGGCUUUGCAUUAUCUCAACAUUUACAGAGACCUUACGCUGGAAAAAUCUUGCCACGAGAGAAAAGAAUAUAUAAUUACCGCUUGACACGUGCCAGACGAUACAUUGAAUGUACAUUUGGUAUAUUAAGCAACAAAUUUAAAAUCUUUAAUCGGCCACUGAACGUUAGCGUGGACUUCAGUGUGGCUAUUGUGAAAGCCUGUUGUGUACUGCAUAAUUUCAUACGUGAACGUGACGGUUAUAAUUUUCAUAAUUCUUUGAGUAUAGUUGGUUUAGAAGAUCCUCCUGAAGAUGCAAGUUUGAUUUCGAUUGGUGCAAGACGGUCACAGGGACAAUUAAGCGGAACUAUGAUACGAAAUAUGUACGCUGAUUAUUUUAUUAGUGAUGAAGGUGCAGUACCAUGGCAAGAUUCUAAAAUUUAGGGUACCUACCAGUAGCGUAGGGUGAAAAAAAAGAAAAGUAAAGCCAGCACAAAAAAAAGUUUACCGCGUCAA